CAUGUUUCUCUCAUUAAUCCCACAGACACGUACAAACACACAAAAACGCAGAAAGAAUUAGUCAACACACACACGAUCUCUUUCCUUCCUCUCCUUCCCCCUCUCCAUCCCUUUCCCUUUGUGCCCUAAACACACAAUCACCUCCACAGGAAGCCCUCAAAUCUCUUACCAAAACCUACAAAAGCAAAAUAUUUUUUCUUUUUUUUCUAAGAGAAUCAAAAGUAAGAAUGGGGAGAGGACGAGUUGAGCUGAAGAGGAUAGAGAACAAGAUCAACAGGCAGGUGACAUUUGCAAAGAGGAGGAAUGGUCUCCUCAAGAAAGCCUAUGAGCUCUCUGUCCUCUGCGAUGCCGAGGUUGCCGUCAUCAUCUUCUCCAACCGUGGCAAGCUCUAUGAGUUCUGCAGCAGUUCAAGCAUGAUGAAGACACUCGAAAGGUACCAUCAGUGUAGCUAUGCUGCAAUGGAAGCCACCCAUCCAUGCAACGACCCUCAGAACAGUUACCAGGAGUACAUGAAGCUGAAAGCUAGAGUAGAGAUACUUCAACGAUCUCAGAGGAACCUUCUUGGAGAAGAUCUAAGCCCGCUAAGCAUGAAAGAGCUUGAGCAGCUCGAGCAUCAAGUGGAGAGCUCACUGAAGCAAGUCCGAUCCGCAAAGACUCACGUCAUGCUCGAUCGGCUCGCUGACCUUCAGAAAAGGGAGAAAAUGCUGCUUGAAACUAACAAAGCCUUGAGGAAGAAGGUGAUUUCUCUUAAUCACUGGAGGAGAGCAAUACAAGAAUUCCGCUCCGCCUCGCCUGGGACGCUGAAGAUCACAACGACGACCCAUAUGCUCAGUAUCCUCCUCAAUCGGAAGGGCUUAAUUUCCAUCCAUUAGGAGGCAACACCACGUUGCAAAUUGGAUACACUAAUGCAAUAGGACCAAAUGAGGUCAAUGCUGGGGCUACCCACCAAAAUGUUGAAGGAUUCUAUAACGGGUGGAUGCUUUGACCAUCUUUAUCGGCUCUCAUCAGUCAAUUUAUAUACGCACCAGACAAGUUGUUAUAUUUAUGAAUUUCAUUAUAUAUAUAUAUAUAUAUAUAACUAGUUGGUUUGUGUGCCAUACUUCGCAGGACCUAAGUGUACGUAAUCAUAUAUACGAUGGGCACAAAUAAUCAAUUACUUAAAUGUUUCUAUGGUGUAAUAUUGGCCCAUAAGGGUACUAAUAAUACUACGCGUAUAAUCCCCUAUAGGGUUAAAAAAAAAA